CUUCUCUUCACUCUGUAAAAAGACCGCAGCUCAACAAAACAACCUGAGCCCAGGAGGCGAACAACAGCACGUUUAGUCGAACAAUAGCUGCCAGAACAAAGAGUUUCAGUCGACAGAUUGAGUCGUGUACGGCAUCAUAAUGGCCUCAUCUGACUUUUCAUCAGAACACUAUGAAUGUUGUUACAUGCAACGGACGAGCAAUGACAGAUGCCUUAAAAAGAAGGUUUUCUGUUGCUAAGCGGAAGUGAAUGAUCAAGGUUGUCUGGACCCGUCCUGACACAAAAGAUCCAGGAAAAUGAAGGACAUGUGAACUGCGAAAACAGUGUCCAUGUUUUUCUUUCUUUUAUUACUCAAGAACAUCACUUUCUCUCCCAAUAUGAAGAUGUUCUUUGGUACUGUCUAUCCGUGGAUGUUUUCGUCAUGUACUUUCCGUCAAUGUCUGUGAGGAAUUUCACUUCAAACGUGUAAUUCCUCGACAAAGAAGAAACCAGGAUCUGAUCAGAACCACAAAAUGCCCAAAAAAUGCGAAAGACAGACAACUGGACUUAUUGGGUUUACUGAAGACGUUUCAUCCAAGUCUUGACCGGACUGGUGGAGGGGUUUAAACAGGAAUAUCGGUGGAUGUUACCCAUCAGAAACUUGCAUGACCGGUGUCUGUUAACAGCCAGAUACUUACCUGUCGAUGGAGGAGACUGCUGUUUGAUCCUGUCAAGUAGAAAAACGGCAUCACGUAUCCACCACAGGUGACAAUGGAUUUUAAUGAGAGCCACGACUACUGGGCCUAUCCAACGAGGCCGCCCUACAACGCAAGCAUGGACUAUGAGGACUACUACCAGGACACCAGCACCAGUAAAAUCAUCAUCCCAUCCAUCUACGCCCUCGUCUGUUGUGUGGGUCUCAUCGGCAACGCCAUGGUCAUCUACGUGAUCCUGAAAUACGCCAAGAUGAAAACAGCCACAAACAUUUAUAUUCUCAACUUGGCCAUCGCCGACGAGCUGUUCAUGCUGAGCGUUCCCUUCCUGGCCACGUCGGCGGCGGUCCGUCACUGGCCCUUUGGGUCGCUGAUGUGCAGACUGGUGUUGAGCGUGGACGGCAUCAACAUGUUUACGUCCAUCUUCUGCCUGACUGUGCUGAGUGUGGACCGGUACGUGGCGGUGGUCCACCCGAUCAAGGCCGCUCGCUACCGCAGACCGACUGUCGCCAAAGUGGUCAAUGUUUGCGUCUGGGGGCUUUCGCUCGUCGUCAUCCUGCCCAUCAUUAUCUUUGCAGACACCGUCCCCGCGCAGGAUGGUGGCGUGGACUGCAACUUCUUGUGGCCUGAGGCCGUGUGGUCAGAAGCGUUCGUGGUCUACACCUUCCUGCUGGGGUUUCUCCUGCCGGUUGGAGCCAUCUGCUUAUGCUAUUGUCUGAUGGUGGCCAGAAUGCGAGCAGUGGGACUGAAGGCUGGGUGGCUUCAGCGGCGGCGCUCGGAGAAGAAGAUCACGCGUAUGGUGCUUCUGGUCGUGACGGUGUUCAUUCUCUGCUGGAUGCCGUUCUACAUCGUCCAGCUGGUCAGCGUUUUCCACCGGCCUCCCGAUCCCAUGGUCACCCAGCUUUUCGUCAUCCUCAGCUACGCCAACAGCGGCGCCAACCCUAUUCUGUACGGCUUCGUGUCGGACAACUUCCGGCGUUCGUUCCAGCGCAUCGUGUGUUUCCGGUGGCUGGAGUCCGGGCUGGAUGCAGAACAGGUGGAUUACUGUGCUGUGGCAUUAAAGAGACAGGCAACGUGUAACCCCCUAGACUUCCCCAAGGACUGCAUGGCUUCUGAUAUGGUUUUCCGCAACGGGACGUACACCUCUCGUACAACUACGGUUUAACAUUCACCAAGGAUGAGAAUUAAAUGGGGGAGUAGCAGAUGUGUAAAGAUACAUUUCCCAGCCUUGGAUCUGCACAGAGGAAAUUAAUGACCAUGAACUGGUCAUAUCCUGUAAUCUCCUCGGCAGUGUGCCAAAAGAAGACUGAAUCAGCAACAUGUGAAUUCUCUGAUGUGUUCUAAGAGUUUUGGGACCUUAAAGUCACAGGCCACACUACUGAACACAACUUGAAUGUAAGCCCACAGUCGUAGUUAUUGGCUUAUAAACAUUUGGAUUCAGAAAUCGAACGAGACACCGAGAGGGCGAUGAAGAAAUAUUAAAUGUGAAAUGUUUUUGUCAGAGUUUAAUUAUUUAUUUAUGUGACUUAAAUGAACCGUCUACUGCUGAAUGGGUUAACACAAGUGUUACCGAGCCCACUGACAAAAGUACACUGACAUAUGUACACCGAUCAGCCACAACAUUAUGACCUUGUCUUGUAACAAUUCAAUGUUCUGUUGGGAAACUUUGACAUUCUUUCAUGUGGAUGAUACUUAGACAUGUGGCACCCACCUAGACCAGACCAGACACCCCCCACCCUGGAACAUGCCUGAUCUGACUCCAAAUUCGCUAGAUCCCAAAGUAUCUGUGGGAUGAUCCACAGAGGCCCCUCCCCUCAACCCGUAGGACCCAAGGAGGCACAAUGGAG